AUGAGAGUUCAAAGAGGGCAAAAAUGUUUAGAUUGCCCAUAACUUUGUUAGCUUUUGUAAUUAAAGGAUAGAGGAGGAUAUCGAAGUAAUUAUAUACAAUUUAAUCUUAGUUAAUAUCACCUUAAUUUAAAAUCAAUGA